AUUGUCAAAAAAAGUGGGAGAAAAAUGGCAGUUGACUUUCGCGUCCACACAUUGUGCCCAUAGUAUUUUAGACAUAUAAAAAAUAUCUUGUCUUUGAUUAUAAUUUGACAUUAUAAUUUUUAUUGAUUAUUAAAAUUAAAGAAAAGAAAGAUAAAUAUUAAGUGAUAACGAGAAAGAGAGAAAUACUAGAAAUACAAAUUACUAAUAUUAUUUUGUUUGUGUGUUUUAUGUGUGUGUGUAUGUGUGUGUCACGAUCGUCAUCAUCAUCAUCAUCAUCAACACAUCACGAAUACAACUUGCUUCGAAGUUCGAAUGUAACCAAUUCAGAUUUCAGUUGCAAAACAAAUUGAAUUGUUGAAGGUGCGGUUGUUGUUUGUCACUCUAAAUAUCCCAUAAUUUAAUUAUUAUUUUUGUUUUAUCAAUAAACCAUCGACUUGUCUUUUUUAUAUGACAAAAUAAUAAUUAAAUUAAUCAUUAUAAAUUUACGUAUGUCAGUGUUAAAAAUUUUGGCAAUAUUUUGAUUUAUUUUUAUGUGAAAUAUAUGCUUACUAAAUUAUUUAUAAAUAAUUUGUUUUGUUUAUUUUUAUUAUUUUUGUGUGUUAAUUAAGAACAAAUAGGUAAAAAAAAUAAAUUAAAAAAAGAAGCCUUGGCAUACACGAACAACGGGACUGUUAUUAUCCGGGCGCGGUUGAAAAAAAAAAAUAAUAUAUUGAAGAAACCAUACUAUUUAGAAUAAUUAAAAAAUAUUAAUUUAUUUUGAUAAAUGUUCUGUAACAUGGUCUGAUUGCGCGGUUCAACAUGACCGUAGACUUUGCUGAUUAUUUUUGGGGUGAAAAGCAUAAUGGAUUUGAUGUGUUGUACCAUAACAUGAAGCAUGGCGUUAUUGCUAGCAAAGAAUUGGCUGAUUUUUUACGUGAAAGAUCAACAAUUGAAGAAAAUAAUUAUAAAUUAUUAAGUAAAGUUGCUAAACAAGCUAGUAAUAGUAGUACAACACAUGGUACAUUUGCACCAGUAUGGGCUGCAUUACGUGGAGCUGCUGAAAAAUUAGCUGGUCUUCAUCUACAAAUGGCACAACGUGUUGCUGAAAUAAUAAAAGAUGUAUCAAAAUAUGCUGAUGAAUUACACAAAAAACAUAAAGCGGUCAAAGAAGAAGAAUCAACAACACUUGAAAUUGUACAAAGUAUUCAAAGUAUAACUGGAACAUUACAAAAAGCUAAAGAUAUUUGUAUACAAAAAGGUUUGGAAUAUGAAAAAUUAAAAAAAGAUAAUGCUAGUCAACGUGAUAUUGAAAAAUCCGAAUCAAAAUAUAAAAAAUCACAAGAAGAUUAUAAAAUACUUGUUAAUAAAUAUACAAUUAUUAGAAAUGAUUUUGAAACAAAAAUGACACAAGCUUGCAGGAGAUUUCAGGAUGGUGAAGAGACACAUUUACGACACAUGAAAGAUUUUUUAAAUACAUAUGCUGAUAUACUACAAAUGAAUCAUGAACAGGUUGGUCAGGUACACAUUGAUUUUAAACGUCAAUGUUUGGAUAUGACAGUGGAUCGAUUAUUGGAGCAAUUUGUACAAUCAAAGUACACAGGUCUUGAACGUCCAGGAAUUGUCGUGUACGAUGAGGUGCUGACGAGUAUUGCUGAGUUGGCCAAUCCUGGAAAAAAUCAUUCAGCAGCAGCUGAUGUUACUGGUAAUAAUACAACAUCAUCAUCAGUGUUGACGAUAAUCAAGGAAGCAACAACAACAACAACAACACCAGCAGUAGCAGUAGCGGCGAUGACAACAACAACAACAACUGGAACAACAACAACUACAACCAAAGGAACAAAUGGCGAGACAGGUGUUGCUGGUAACAAACAAAAUACAAAAAAAAAUAUGAACGCUAUGGGUGGUUGUGAGUGGGAUGGGAAAAGGGAUAAUAAUAUGCGGAUUAAAGAAAAGGAUAAAGAGACAAUCACCAAAGGCUCACGUCGUACCACCUCGCUACUCAACUUGUUCAUGUCCAACUCCCAGGAGAGGCAGAGGCAAGCAGGGUCCGGUUCGGCACCUGUAACACCUCAGGGCAACAGUUCGCCUUCUGCUGUACCACUUCCCAGCAUCUCCAGGAACCCUCUAAGAGGAUCUAAAUGGUUUUUACGUAGCAGACGAGAAAAACGUAGAGAAAAAAAAGCACAAAAAAAAAAGGAUUCAUUGGAUACAAACAGCAUGAAGGAAGAAAAAUCAGAUCUUGAUGAUAAAAGUGAUAGUAGAAAAUCUGAAACACCAACAUUAGAAGUUGAUGAAGAUGGUUUUCGUAUAAAACCAAAAACAGAUCCUUGGGAAAAUGAAAAAGGUUUUUAUUCAAGUUCAGAUACAGAAUCAGAAGAAGAUGAAAAAGAACGUAAAAUAAGAGUUGAAAUAAAACCAUUGACAAAUGGUAAUGCACCAAUAAGUGCAAGUGUUGAUGAACUUCGUGCAACUGUUGAAAAUUUAUCCCUAUCACCAGCACCAACUGGUCGUAGAGGUUCAAAUACAGAUUCUGAUCAUCAUAUGAAACGUUCACAAUCAGUAUCACAACAAUUAGGUGGUAAACCAAGUUCUGAUUUACUUGGUUUAAAUUUAUUUAAUCCAAGUAGUGCACCAUCAAGUACAACAACACCAACAGCAAGUCAUCCAUAUGCACCAUUACAAAGUCCACCAGCGUUAUCAUCAUCACCAGUACAACCACAAUCAGCACCACCAACACAAUUACAUACACGUUUUAAUGAUGGUGAUUUAUUUACUGAAAUUGGCGAUAUAACACCAGCAUUACCACCAAAACAAUCAGCAUCAUCAACACCAACAAGUUCAAUUGCAAUACCAAGACCAUCAUCAAGACGUAGUGAUGGUCCACCACGUGGACGUGCAUCACCAGCAACAAUAACACGUGCUGAUAGUGUUGCUAGUUUAGAAUUUCGUGCUGCUGGUGUUGGUGUUGGUUCAUCAAGAGGACCAUCACCAUUAACAAUUGGUCUUGCUGAUACAAUACCACUUGCUGUUGCAUUUCAUGAAAUAAUACAUUCAUAUUUUCGUGGUACUGAUGAAACAAGAUGUCAAGUUAAAUUAAGUGGUGAUAUGAUGCUAUCAUUUCCAGCUGGUAUUGUUGGUGUAUUAACAAAUAAUCCAAAUCCAGCAAAAUUAACAUUUCGUAUUAGAAAUAGUAAUAGACUUGAACGUCUUGUUCCAAAUAAUCAAUUGAUAACAAUAGAUGCUGCACAAACUACUGCCGAUUGUACAAUAUUUGACUUUAAUAUGAGUGCCUUAACUACAUUAUUACGACGUCAAGCUGAACAAAAUCCAUCAGCAUCGUAUUUUAAUGUUGAUAUAUUAAAAUAUCAAAUUAAAAAUAAAGAUGGUGCAGGUUCUUGUCCAUUUCAAAUUGUAUCAUACUGGAAAUGUGAAGCUAAACAUACAGAUUUAAAGAUUGAUUAUAAAUAUAAUAGCCGUGCAAUGGCAUCACCAAGUCCCCUAUUAAAUCUACAUGUUGCUGCUCCAAUUGAAGGAGGUUUUAAAUCACUUCAAAGUAAACCAUCAGCUGUAUGGUUACCUGAUACAAAUCGUGUUUUAUGGAAAUUCACUGAACUUUCACAGCACAGUGAAUCAAAUGGUGUUGGUUCAUUAAAAGCACGUAUUGAACUUGAAAAUGGACCUGGUUCACAAGGAACAAUAUUUACACAAUUUAAUUGUGAAGGAACAACAUUAUCUGGUGUAGAAUUUGAAUUAGUUGGUCCUGGUUAUCGAUUAAGUCUUGUUAAACGUAGAUUUGUAUCUGGUAAAUAUCUUUGUGAUGGUGAUGCAGAUCCAAAAACUCGUUAUGCAGCACCACCAUCAAGUGCUGAUUGACAGUUACCUGAUUGGUCACCAAAGUGGGAAAGUUUGCCAACAUGAACUUGUUUGCCUGUUCCCUCGCUCUUGGAGUUUCCUUGAUGAAUUUAAAUCCAUGGCCAUCUUGCCAAUCUUUAUUCAUUUUUUUAAAUUUUUUAAAAUAAAAUUCGAGGUAAAAAAAAAGCUGUUGGAUACCAAAGAUGGAAACUUGAGAUUCGUUAUGAGUGUGAAUAGGCAAAAAUAUUAUUUUAUUAAUAUUUUUCAGUGAAAAAAAUAAAUAAAUAUGGUUAAAUUAAUAUAAAAAGGCAGGGUGAAUAUACAAACCAAUGGCUUUUAUAGAUUUUUGAAUGCCUAGGUUUAUUCUAUCUUGUAUAUAGUGCAAAAAUAGACGAUAGUAUUUUUUUAUCGACGUUGAUUAAGACAGGUGCACGUAAAUAGAAAAAAAUUUAUUAAAAAUGAACAAAUAAAGGUAUUAAUUUUUCAUUAGUUUAUGCAAAAUCUGCAACGAUUUAAAAAACAGUUUUUUUUUUUUUCUAAAUUAAAAUAAUAAUAUAAAUUAAUUGAUUUAAAAAUAUAUAUUUGUAGUUUUUUUUUUUUUUUUUUUGUUAUUUGAUAUUCACUUCUUAUUUUUGGAUAUUAAAUUAUAAUUGAUAUUUAUACAUUUUAUUUUCUUUAUAAGUAAAAAAUAAAAAAUUCGUACAUUUAGAAAAUUAACUUUAAUAACUAAGUUAUUAAAAAUAUAUUAUUACCAGUUAUUAUUUUUUUUUUUUUUAGGCCUUGGCGAUUUAUUCUUGUAACAUUCCUUAUAAUUUUUGUUUUUUUUUUAAUCUUAAAUUAGUCUGACUUUUAACAAUUACAUAUCUCUUUGUAAUUGUAAUUAUCAGUAAAUUGAAUUUAAGAAAAAACAAUCUCCCAUUGAUGAGAUAACAAAUAAAAAGAAAUAUCGAUCUUGAUGUAAAUAAUAAUAAUAAUAAGAAUAAUUUGUUUUUUCUAAUUUAAAUGAAUAAAUUUGUAACGAAAAAAAAAAAAUCCGUUCGUUUACUCGUCAAUAAUUUAAUUUUAAUAAAAAAAAAAAUAAAACAAUAACUCAAUGCUAAAUAAAAAAAUACAUAAAGCUCAGUUAGAACAAAAAAAAAUAAAAAAGUAUUUAUACAUCUUUUGACUUUCGAAAGAAAAAAAAAUUAAUUAACGACAGUUAAUAGUGAAAAUAAAUUUUUUCACAUUAUAAUAUUUUUCAUAAUAAUAAAAUGAAUAAAUAAAUAAACAAUUUUAUGAUAUAGUGAUGUAUGAAUAAAAGAAUAUCAUAAAGACAUUUUCGACUGAUCCAACAAUUGAUCUAUCGUCCAAAAUACAAUAAUUUUCUCAAUGAUAGUUAUAUAUUUAAAAUAAUAACAUUAUUUCAAAUAAUGAAAAUAAAAUUUAAUUUAAAAUUAAGAAUAAAUUUUGUUUUACAAAAUUUUUUUAAUAAACAAAAAUUUAAUAAAUACUCAUGUAAUAAAAAUAAUAUUAAGAACAACAAUUAUAUAAUGCAGAUAUGUUGAAUAUGCAAAUAUAUAGAUAUAUAUUGGCACGUAUUAUUAAUGAUAAUAAAGAUCUAGGAUAUU